AUGAUUGUUAAUAAUGUUGUUGUCGUCGUCAUCAUCGUGUCGACGAUAAGUCCGGAAGCAAAAGAAGUUUACAGUUCUUUGGUCGAACAACCCGUUAUGGAAACGCAAAUUAUUAUUCCAUCAUCGGCGACCAUUCAAAAUAAUUUUACUCGGAGCAGUUCGAAUAACAGCAGUUUUACCUUUCACCAGAGAACUCCGAGUUUUACGUCGUCGCCAUCGUCGUCAUGUACGGGUAAUCAAAACGUGGGGGGUGGUGGCGGCGGUGGUGGUGGCAGCGGCAACAUAUCACCCGCAGAUUGUUCGGAAUCGAAUCCAUUGAGAAUGCUUCGAACGGGAGCGUUUCCGAUAGUUCGUCCAAAGGGUAAAAUAACGAAAUUGGAAAAAUCGGUAAGUGUUAAAGUUCCUUCGGCAUCAUCUCCGCCGAUCGUUGUCGCGACGACGACGACGACGACGUCGACUCCAACACCAACGCAUUCUUUCUCCGAGACAAACGCAGAAGAAUCUAGUCAAACGAAUACGGAGGAAAGAUGGAGAAAGGAUUCAACGUCGAGUUGUACGUCGUCCUUACGAAAGGAUUCGACGAGUAGUCACAGUCAAUUUGGCGAAGAUGAAAAUCCGAUACCUCUUCCGCCACGUGACAGGUCAAAACCGAGCGUUUCGAACAAGCCGAGACACCAAAGAAAACAUCCGCUCAUUAUACCUGGUCAAGGAGGAGGAGUUAAUUGUGAUGAAAAGUUUGAAAAACACAUCGUUGAUGACGUUUUUCAUCCGCCUGGUACCACGUUGUUGAUGAAUUCUUCUCACACGUCGGUUUUACCACCCAUUCAUCCUUCGCAUCAUUCGACAACCGUAAAACAAUGCCACGAGAUUGACGAUAGUUUCGAUCAGCAAAUCGCGACGGAAUUGGAUGCUUUGGAUCACAUAAACGUCGAACCGGAAACGAACGAAGAACCGUCGACGCCGACGACGAUCAAUUCUCACCACGAUGAUUUCAAAAAUGGAUUUUCCAACGUUGGACUCGGGAAAAAAACGUCAAAUUUUUCGGAAAAUUUUUUAAAUCGUCGACUCAAAAGACGAGACGAUGAGGAAUUGUUGCAAACGACAUCGAACGGAAUCGGGAAAUCCAAACCCAAUUUGCAUUUGAAACAAAAAAUAGCACAAUUGAAUUUGACGGCGGCUCUCUAUUCGGACGAAGGAUCCGAAGAAAUUUUUUUCUCGGGUGGUGGUGGUGGUAACAGUAGUAGGAGUAGUACCAGUAGUACUAAUAACAAUGCGAAUAGAACAAGCGCGAGCUCGUGCGACGAUUCCGAAAGGAAAAUAUGCGAUGACACGAGCAUGAGAAGGAACGAGGAUCACGUGUCUUGCGAAGACCUUUUGGAAUUCUCUACGAAAUCCCAAUCGAAAUCGAGAGGACAGGAUAGCGACGAAGUUAGAUUGAUGUCGAAAGUACUCGGAAAGGAAAUGACGUCAGAGAAUUGUUUGAAAGCUUUGAACGCUACGGAUUGGGAUGUUUACAGUGCAAUCAAAUUAGCCAAAUUACAAAAUAAAAUUAAAAAUUCAGGGAUUUUUGCUAACAUGUCGAAUUGUUGGGAUGCACUCGUCGCUUGCGACGGUGACGUCGACAAAGCUGCGACGGUACUCAUAACUCAAGGCUCUCCUCCGGAUUGUGUUUAA